UGGAGGAAAGAAUAAAAGAGACCAACUCCUUUUGUCAGAAACUGGGUGAUCAAAUCAAUAGAUUUGAAGCAAAGGUUGAUACCAAUUGGAGAAAAAGAAGUGACGUUGAUUCACAUAUGAGACUGCAAAUCGACAAGGUGUUAAAUAAAAGCAACGAAAAUCAUUUGAAAAUUCCAACUCUCUCAAAUGGACUGAAUGCUACGAAAGCAAAAUGUUCCAAUCUUGAAAUGAAACAGAUGUUUUUGGAAAAGAAAAUCAGUGAAAACUUUUCAAUGUUUAAAAAAGCGGAACAAACAUCAGGAAUUAAGAUAACAAAAUUUUCAACUCAGCUUGCUCAUUUAAAUGAUAUGAGAACCUCUAUGCAGAACCAAACCAGCAAUAAUAAAUGUCAAAGUGGAAUUGUGGUGUCUCCAUACAUUUUUAAAACAGCGGAUAAAACUGUGAGCUUUAAGGAACCCUUCCAAAGUAAGCCUAACAUUGUGUUUGGACUCUCCUUGUAUGAUGCAUACCAUCACGUAGAUGAUCGUCUAAAAGCCUAUCCGACAAAGCUUGACAAAUACGGAUUUACUCUUAAGAAUAUCGACCUGGGGUUCUGAAAAACUGUAUCAAGCAAACUACUUUUGGAUGGCUUGUCAAUAAAUUAUUCCGUUGCGAAAUAAAGCAUGGA